GACAGACACCAUCGAUACCUUAUGGCAGCGUCGCCAUCCCCAUUUCCCCAAAGCACAAGCACAGGCUCUUAUCAUGACAGUGGCAACAAAUCCAGCAGCAUUCAUUUCUUUGGUUCAGCCCUUGGGAACUCUUCUUCCAGUUCCAAGAAUGUCUUGGAUUAUCCAGGAGAGGAUAUUCAGUUUAUGGACGAUGACGGCAGAAUAAGAAGCAGGCAUGCUUCUGGAAAUGACAAAAGAUCAAGCACUAUAUUUUUUCAGAUCCCUCGACCUAUGGUGACAGUGGGUUCAGGAUAUUCAAACAAUGGAACCACCUCACCCAGGGCCGUGCUUAGGGGCAGGCAGACGAGGCAUCUGCCUAGGGCCCCGCACAUUUCAUUAAAUAACAACCGUGGCGAUCGUGGUGUCAAGGGCCCCGCACAUACCCUAUGCCUCGGGCCCCGCGGGGGGGUAAGAACGGGCCUGACCUCACCUAUUCAUCGUCCAACACCUCGACGGGCUCCACCCCAACCUCCAUCAGGGGGACGUGUUCAGUUGCUAUAUGGAUAUGGUUCUUGGCAAGAAGACAGUGAUGACAAUAAUGGAGCUCGGCGAGGUUUAGGUGGAGGUGUUCUUUCUGAAAAACUUCUGAAAAACAAAACUUCUGAAAAGAAAGAGAAAUUAUACUCCAAGGUUGCCCAAAAGGUGAUCACCAUAGCAGAUGCAUUCAGUGCUGAAACUGGCCUUUCAGAUUCAGAGGCCCACCACAAGACAGGAUAUCAAGAAGCUGCUGUUAGCCUAACUGACCUAGAGAACCUAGAGAAAGAAAUUAUUGAUUGUUUAAGACGCAAAGGAGAUGAACUUUCACAUAAAAUUGAUGCUCCAGCAGAAAAGUUAGUUGAGCAGACCAAAGCACAAACAUAUGAACGAUUUGAAAAGACUAUUCAGCAUUCUCUGGGUAAUGAAGUAAGCUGGAACCAUCUUGCAUUGUUGUUCUACUCAGCAAAAAUGGUUGUGAAAGCUGUUGGGCGUAGCUCUGCGGCUACAAAAGAAGUAACAGAAAUGACUUUAAGGUACUUCAGUGACAAAUUUUCAAGCUGGAUUAUCGACCAGGGUGGCUUUGAGACAUUGGCAGAAUCAGACUCGGAACUAGAGUGACAAAACUCAAAGCGGCACAAGUGCUGUGAACAACUACUGUCCUGACAAUAGCAAAAUAAAGGAAAGAAGAAUUUUUACUAAAAGUUUUAGCAUUUAUAUAUGUCAGCAUGGAACUUGGGAGCAGAUGAAUGUCACGCCAACAAGGGACUACACAGAUGGCUGAAGUUCAGACAAGUUUGGGCUUGCUUUUACCUUCUCUGUGCACAGAGAAGGUAUGGAAAUACUACUUUGUUUUAUAGUAUUUAUUAGGCAGCUCUGCAUUAGCCUAAUGGACCUGUUGUUGCAGUGGAUGUUUUAUAGAAGUUAAAAUACUCCAAUGCAAUUACUCCCAUAAACACAAUCAAGAACAUCCUGUAAGAAAUAGGUGUUUUUAAGUAGGAUAAAAUGUGCAAUAGUACUAAUAACAUACAGAAAACAGUUUAACCAAUUAUAUACAAAAAUCACGUGGCCAGCUUGCAUAACUACCUGUGGCAUUAUAGCUGUAAGCUUCACUGCUGACCAUAUUUAAUUCACAUUGUUCGUAAUUCACAGAUUGUUUAUGGUCUAUUAACUGUACGAAAGUCCAGCUUGGACAAGUAGCAGAUAUACUCCUAUGCAGCAUAGUCAUUGAAGACCCCUGACUGUCCUGUAGCGACGCAUAAAUUUACAAGGGCUAAGACCCUAAGCACAAGUUCCAUACAAAUAGGAACCAAACAAGAACUAGCUCUAGAUCUAGCUCUGCAGCCACUUAAAAAAGUGAGAUUUCGGGCUCUUCCUUAAGCUGACAUUAAAAUUGCUCUUUCUUUGCCCAGCAAUAUCUAGUUCUGAUCUUCUGACUCUAAAGUAACUUUGAGAGACUUAUUGCAACCCUCUCCACUACUCUACACGCAGGCAUAUCCACUGACCUUUUUAACCUGUGGAUGAUCCUACAACUGAAAACUCUCUCUGAACAGCCUGCAGACUGAUAGUAGUGACACGAAAUUUGAGCCAGCCAUACCCACCCAUGGAUGGAGCAUUUUCUGUUCUAUAGCAAAUUGGUUUUCUUCAUCUAGUUAGUUAAGUCCUAUAGACCUCACCUCAUUUAUGAUAUUCCUACUUCAGUAGACUUGUCAGUCUUCUGGUCCUUUUUAUAAACAGUUUUCAAAAAUGAAAAGUUUCUUAUAUUUGUGCUGUUGCUGUUUGCCUGAUGUAACAGACCAAACAUAUUAGAUCGUGAAUAAAUGCUUUGGACUUUUCCUUUUUAGCUUUCGUUAGAGAUUUGUUAACAUAUUUUUUUUUUUUUUUGGAAAUUGAUGAGGGUCAAGACUAAGACAUCAUCCAAUUGAUUUAUUUGGUAUCGGGGUACAUUAAGCCACAAGAAAUCCAUUAGCAUAUUUCUGUGCUAAUAUUUUUUUUUUUAAUCAUUCAGAAUGUUUAUAAUUCACAUUUUUACAAAAUGAAAUCUACUCACAUUGUUCACAAAAUGUGUCAUUAGCAUUCUUUUCUUUAAUAUGUUCCUUGUUGCUUAAUAUAGAGUGUGAUUUCUGCUUUGUACUGAUUUUUUGUAACUGCAUGUAUAAUAUAACUAAAUAAUAAUAAUGGUGUAAGCUUUUAUAGUGUGGUAACCCAGCCAAAGCCAGGCUCUCCACGCAUUACAAAUAAAAAAAAUGCAACAGAAAAUUCCUGUGGCUCUAUGAAGUUAAUGGAAAUGCUAGGCCGUUCUUCUGCUGGAUGGCAUUCAUAGACCAAGAUAAUGGUGAGAUAUAUCUACAGAUUGGAAAGUCAUUGGACUAGAGUAGAAUAGAUAUGUAAUCAGACACAUAGAUCAAAUCAUAAGGAGAAUUUCUAUAUGAUCACAAAUUAGAAAUUACAGUAAAAUGUGUAAAUAAAUGACUGUUUGGCACUGAUAAAAAGUCUAUCACAAGAAUGACUUGUGAAAAUAAAGAAACCGUGAUGGCGUUAGCCAGAGAAGAGUAACAGUGAUGAGUGAAUGUUAAAAGAGGAAAAAAAAAAAACCACAGGUGAGGAAACUGUCCAGCACAAUGCCGAUGAUGUCAUAAAAGGAACAGGUACAUUAAGUACUAAAAGCACCACAAAUCCAAGUAGAAAACAAAAAUGCAGAGAGCAGUCUGUUUUAGAGUUUUGUUGCUGAUGGGGUAAACAAGGUGAUGUAGCUAAUAAUAUAGGUAGAGAUUUAUUGGGGUUUAAUAAAUCUGUGUAAGAUACUUGAUAUGGCUAAUAAGAUUAUGCAUGAUUAACCAUUAAUAGUAAUAUAAGACAAUCACAUUUUUCCCAGAGAGUACAUGCUGAUGUGGGAGCCUUAUAUCAAGCCAGAGUAGCCCUGUUUCCAGCAAAACAUGUUAAAGGAUAAAAAAAAUAUCCUCCUGAUGUAAAUUAGAAUUGUUCCUCGUCAAAUGGUCAUGUCAAACAUCUACAAAUGGUAGGAGAGAAUAUGGAGGUGGGACGGGGUUGUGUUUUGUAAACAAGUGCAAUAUGCAAAGAAAGAAUAACAUGCCUGAGACUAGAUCUGAACUCAAGGAUACCUGAUCCAGUCUAUAUCAGUGAUCAUAAAGAGAGAAAAGAGAAGUAUUUGUUAUAGAUUAUUAUAAUAAUGUUCAAAUCCCAUUAAGUUUUACAUGCAAGUAUCCAUUAGGUGGAAGCAUGUUCUUCUAAAAGAGCUACAGUGUUUUUUCUCAAAUAAUUUUUGGAUAUUUUAUGAUGGAUGUCUGAAAAUUUGUAAGAACAACUUAGAUUGUGAUUCUAGUUUAUUAAUGUCCAAGCCUAGUUCAAUAGUACAUAACAUUCCUUGGUAAUUUUGGUAUGUGUGUCUAGCAGUAAAAAAGGUUUGAAUAAAAAAAAAGUAGAACUUGAGCAUUUCAUUUUAUUUGCCAGGUACUUAAGGGUAUUGAAAUUUUUUAUUUUAUAUCUUUUUGCUAAACUAUUUAGAGCAUGUUUGAGAGUUUGCCAUACUUUAAGUGCCAUUCCAGUAUUGUGCACAAGGAUUUUUUAACUGGAAUUUUAAAAUGGCAUUUGCUUUAAUAACACUCAGAUUUUUGGAGUAUAUUGCAAAUCUUACCUUGCAUACAAAUCGUGUAAAGUAUAAUGAUUCAGAAAGUGUGUAUCAUUAUAUCCCGGUUAAAAAAAAUAUCAGAGAACAUAACCUUAGCUAGAUCUGCAUCAUCUGGUUGCUUAUUGUCUCUCAUAUAGUUUAUAUAUGUAGAUGUAUUUUGUGAAACUGUUCUGGUAUGGUUCAUUCUAUAUUUUGUGUGCAGCAUGCAAAUGUGUAUGUGGUGAGAAAAAGAGGAAAAUGACUCAUUUCUGUGUGUCCAUUUUUAUCUUUGGUAAAACACUUUAUAGACCCUUGCAUGUGAACAUAUCUGAUAUUUUUGUAUUCAUGAUGUUAAGAACUAUUGUUAUGUUCACAUAAAGCAGAAAAGAGCUUGACAGUUUCAUAUUUUAAAAACUGAUUGUACCAGUGAAGUCUUUCUAAUUUGUGAAACAUUCCAGAUUUUUGUGCUCACCUUGUUGUGCAAGGAUAUAUAUUGUGAUCUCCAUGUUACAGUUUUUUUUAGUUUUCACUGGUUAUGGAAAUAAAGCUUUCAAGUUUUUUUUAAAAAA